UAAGUCGAAACUAAACUCAGCAAUGGUUAUACACUGACUGUUUGGUAUGUCUCUUGUUUCGGCUACUUGAUUUCGACCUGGUAGCGUUGAUCCUACAGAAUAACCAACGGCAAAGUAACCAGCCGUCCUUGGAUAAUCACCACUUUUGAAAAACAUUUCAAGUAAUAUCUUUUCUUUUGCCUGUGUGUAGUGUAGUGAUGUUAGCGUCCUUCUAAAGUUAUCAUUUUACCACAAAAUACUCAGCACGUUACCUCGCUAAGCUUGCACUCCUCCACAGUUCUUCGCCACGUAUCUCUCGGGCGACCCAUUCUAAUAUGGAGGAUGAUGUCCUUCAUUAAUGUGUAACCUAUCCAUGCCAUUUCCAUUUCCUGAUCAACAACUGGCCCGUACACAGACUAAAUACCUCAUUAGUUAUUGUCUGAGGCCUACACCUCGACGAUGUGACGCAGACAUGAAGUGAAGAAAGAUUGAAGUUGUUGAUGGAAUUUACUUUCCAUUUUCUACUCCAAUAUAACCGCUCGGAAAAAACACGCGCAACAGCUUCAACUUGGUAUUAGUGUUGAGAUGGCUGCACUUACAACUUUUGUCAAAACAACGGGGAAAAUUAAGCGGCGUCGAGUGAGAUUAAGUUUGUUGCAGCCGUCGGCAAAAGCAAGGCUGCCUAGAUACACAAAUUGCUCAACCCGUUUCGGUAUUCUGCCCAUUAAUGCAAAUAAGAAAAGUGCGCCGACCAGUCAGACUGAGGUCUUGAGAAAACGGUUAUAUAAGAUAAGAAGAAAGUAUAUAAGAAAACGGUUUUUCGAAGAAAAAUUUCCCCGAACGUGGAACCGAAACAGUGACUAUUCAGUCGAAAUUGUGGUGGAUCAAAGCAAAGCAAGAACCUUACCAGGUCAGGAGACUGCGCCUUGUGAUGGGCGCCAACAUUUCGACACUGGAUUCACAGCGGUCAGCUUCCCAGGCUAGAAAAGCGCACUGCGGCAACAGGGAAUGGAGUACUCUCCAGAGUCACAGCAUCUCACUUUGCUAGAUUUCUCGGGACC